AAACGGAUGUAUUGUAGCUUUAAAAUACGUUGCUACAGGAAAAUAUUUAAGUUCAAUUAGUGGUUUAAAUUAUAUAACUGGAAGCUAUGCUCAAUUGGUUUUUGCAAAUAAUUUGCUUGAUUCGGAUGCUUUAUGGAAUAUCAUAUUUAGCGGUAAUGAACUAGCUUCAUACACCAAUACUACUAAUAUAUAUUUACAACACAAAAGUUCCAGUUACUUUCUUGGAAUUUAUAAUGAUAGUAGUUAUAAAUCUCCAGUAACUCAGCACACAGAAGUAUUUUUACGUAGUCAUGAUCUUCAAUUUACUAUUGGAAAUGAUACUUUUCAAGAGGUUGUCUGUCAUAAUGAAAGACUUGGUGGCAAUGAUGAGUGA